AUGGCGGACCCAUCUCUACCAACUAAGGUCAUGAUGUAUACAGAGGAGCCUACACUUUCCAUCUCAUCAGGUUCUUCCUCUUUCCUAAUCAGAGCUAACCCUACUCUUGAUUCUGACGUCGAAUCGACCCUCUCUUUAAACAAUAGUUAUAAUGGCGGCGGCGAUAGUGAUUUUGAGUUACAGGGUUCAGACACCGGCGAAAACGAGUUUCAGUCGCCGGCGUCCAUCGAUAAUGAACAAAACCCAAAAGAAACAAUUGUUGUCUUCGAUGGAAAUAAAGGAAUCGAUUACAGUGGUUCUGUUGCCAAGGAUAGCGAUUUUGAAGAAAGCUUGAGAAGUGAUUAUAGCAGUACCCAAGAAGAAGAAGAACAAGAUGAUGAUGAAGAUGAAGAAGAGGGAGAUAAUACUGAGAGUGAUGAUUUUGUUGAAAAGGCGAAUGAGGUUAUUCCAAUUAGGGCUAGAUUGACUAGAGAGAGUGAUGAUGAUGAUGAUGUUUCUUUAGAGAGUGGCGAAAUAGAUAAUGAUUAUGGGUUUCUUUCUGCUGUUAGAAUGCCCGUUAGGGUUUCUUCUACUACCGGCAUUGAUUUCGAAGAAGAUGAAGAAGAAGAUACUGAGUUCGAGUUUGAGAUACCUCCGGCGGCCAUGGAGGAUGUUCCUGAAAAGGAGGUUAAGGUCCUGUCUUCAUCAGAAGAGAGCAUUUCAAAUGCGGAUGCCAUUUCCUUCUUGGAAGAGAUUAAAAGUUAUACUGAAGUAGAAGAAGAAGAUGUUCUUUCUGCAGUUGAAGAGCCCAAUAUUGAAGAAACCCUAAUUUCAGAGAUUCCACCUGAAAAUCCACUUAUCGCAUCCAUUAUUCAAGAACCCAGUUUCGAGGAAAAUGUUUCUGUCAAAACCCAUUUUCUAAAUCCCAUAACUUCUGAAGAUCCUCAUGAUUCUGAGAAAUAUGACGAAGGCAACAAUGGUACGGUAAACAAUGAAGAAGAAGAAGAAGUGAGUGAUAAUGAGGAGAAGAAAGCGGAAGAAGAUCUUUCUACACUUGAAGAGCCAAUUGUAGUUUCCUCAAUUGAAACGCUCAAUAUAGAAGAAACCCUAAUUCCAGAGAUUCCACCUUCCUCACUUGAAAAUCCAUUUAUUGCAUCCACUAUUCAAGAACCCAAUUUCGAGGAUUGUCUAAAUCCUUUAGCUUCUGAAGAUCCUCACGAUACUGAGAAAGAUGAUGAUACAGUAGAUGAUGAAGAUCAAGAAGAAGAGGAAGAAAUGUUUGACCUAUCAUCUGAUAGUAAGCCAAAUGACGAUGAAAGGAAGAAACUAGUCAAGUUUUUCAGGUUUGUUCAUAGAUUAGGCUUAUCAUCUGAAGAUUCACUAAUUGAAGAACUAUUAUUCCAUCAGAUGAAGAAUCCAAACCUAGAAUCCGCUAAAGAAGAAGCCAAACAUCUCGAGGAACAACAACAUUGUCAAACUGAUUUCGAUUCAUCCUUAAACAUCCUAGUAAUUGGCAAAACAGGAGUCGGAAAAAGUGCGACCAUCAAUUCCAUCUUCGGCCAAGAAAGAGCAAAAGUUGACGCGUUUCAGCCGGAGACAAAAUCUGUAACAGCCAUUUCCGGCACCAUAAACACAGUUAAGCUCACCAUCUUUGACACACCGGGUCUCAGACCUUCCCCUUCUGAACAUUCAAUCAACACGAAAAUCCUAUCGUCCAUUAAAAGGGCGAUUCGAAACACCACUCCAGACAUCAUACUUUACGUCGAUAGAUUCCAAGAGCAGACUCGAGAUCAAGACUACUUGGCAUUACUAACAUCAAUCUCUCGAUCGCUUGGAUUGCCAAUCUGGAAUUCUACUAUAGUUGUUUUCACUCACGCUGGCUCUACUCCUUUUUAUGGACCUAAAUUGGUUGGUGAUGAUCGGCGUUUAAUUCUUGUGGAGAAUAAUAAUAAUAACGGAUUCGAUAUUGAAAGGUGGAGGCAAAGGCUAUUGCUUAUGGGAUAUUCAAUGAAGUUACUAUUAUUAUCAGAAACAGAGCAUCUCUUCAAACCUGAUAUGGAGUUUGAAAAUCGGUUUAUGCGGUUACUGGAAACGAACUAUACCAUUGAAGAAGACGAGGUUUUGAUGAUAUCGAGCCUCUUUGUCAUGAAGAUGAAAAUGGAAGUUGAGGCAAAAUCGAAAUGUGGGAAAGUCUUGUUUAGGAUAAAGAGCACGGAUCAACUCCAAAUCGCGCUGUUGAGCAUUCUACCAAUCGCAAACGCUGUUUUCAGAAAGAUCUUUAGUUAA